CCCUAGAGCGUUUAUCUUUGUCAACUGAACUGCAGAAUAGCACACCACAUGUCAUCAUUCACAAGGUGUUUUUAGAAGAAACGGACGGCUCUGGUCGGCCAGAGUGUAUCACUCCACCAAAACCUCAGAGAGAUAUGCAAAAAGACGGCAAGAUGAUGAUGAUCUGUUUGCUUUUAGCAGCUCUCAGCAGUCCUGUGUUCGCUGAAGAAUGGAAGGCGAAUGUUGUAAAAAGUCUUGACACUCUGGUCAGUUCCUGCGUUGUGGUGCCGUGUUCAUUCACCCAUCCUAAAGGAAACCUGCCCACCUCCAGACUCAGAGGGAUCUGGCAUCGUUCAAAUGAUCGAAAUGAACGCAUCUAUUACGAGGAUCAAACGCAGGUUUUGGAAAACUUCAGGGGCCGCACACGGUUGUUGGGACAUCUGGGUCAGAGCAACUGCACCUUAGAAAUGAUGGACGUUAAAGAUCAUGACAAUGGCCCUUUCUGCUUCCGGAUAGAACUAGCAGAGAAGGAGACUGAUACAAAAACCCCCGACAAGUUCUCCUUUGUGGAGGAUUGUGUCGAGUUCAGAAUGCUCCCUGAUCCUCUAAAGCCUGCCCUGACUCACCCAAAGACAGCCAUUGAAGGACAUCCCUACACUGUCACCUGCUCGGUCACCCAUACCUGCCCCUCCCAUGUGCCUAAACUCACAUGGAAUAGAGGCACUGCCAAUGACGCAACUGAGGUCCACAAAGAAACUCACCCUGGCAACUGGGAGGCACAGUCCAUCCUGACCAUCAUUCCCAAGGAGAAGGACGACCACACUGAGAUCAAUUGCAUUGCACAAUUUAAUGGAGGGAAGACGUCCUUUACAACACUGACACUCUAUGUGAAACGUACAGAAAACUACAACCACAUCAUCAUUCCCACAGUGGUGGCGAUUGGCACAGCUGUGAUCUUUGCAGUCUUCUGCAUUCUCAUGGCGAAGAAAUACAAGAAACGCAUCCAAGAGCUCCAGCAUGGGGAUGGCAGCAUGUGGAACCGGCUGUCCAGGCUGUCUCGCAGGAUGCGCUCCGACAGCCCAGGACCAUCUCGUUCCGAUCAAAGAAGGUCUGUUUGGAGCAGAUUUUCAAGAAGGCCUAAAGGGGAAGCAGUGGAUUUGGGUCCUAUGUCCAAAAAUGUGAAUUCAAAAUCCUGUGCCGACCAGAAGUUCAACAAGCCUCGUUUCCCGUCCCCCAAAAGUCAGCCGAAAUCCUGCAAUUACCAAGAGGAUCUUGAUGACGGUGACGACUACAUGAACACCGCAGACCUCAAUGUCUACGGAAACAUCUGAAAUAACCCCACAAAAAAACAAAUCUACUCAUGCUUAUAAGGAUCAUAUCUCUAGCACAUCUUAUCACUGCAGUUUUGUUAUAGGCUACGUGGAUACUGUAGUCAUCUCCUCUAUGUGUUUAAAGGUCCAGUGUGUGAGAUUUCAGAGGAUUGGCAGAAAUGUUAUCUAAUAUAAAAACUAUGUUUUCUUGAGUGUAAAAUAACUGUUUUCGCUGCCUUAGAAUGACUCGUUUAUAUCUAAAUAGGGAGCGGGUCCUUGUCCACAGAGUUUACCAAGUUGCACCGCCAUGUGUUUACAGUAGCCAAAGAGGGACAAACCAAACAUUGGCCCUAGAUGGGGCAAUUCAAGCUAUCGUUUCAGCCACCGUAGUUAGCAGUUCCUCUGUGACAGCCAAAAAAACCAUAUUCUUUUUAUGUGAAACUUGCAGGUAAAAACAAAUCAAUAAAUACUAGAGAACAUCUUGUGAUCUGCAAUCGUCACCACUCUGCCACUAAAUCCCCCUAAAUUUUACACACUGCUGCUUCAAUUCUGUCUUUGAUAAUUUGAUCAUAUUAUUUAGGGAAAGUAGAAUGCAUUCUGUGUGUAUAUAUUGUUCAUGAAAUUUAUUAUUAAAUGUCUGCCAUUGUAAUGACGUCUGCAUAGCAGUAAGUAUGUAACUUUAUCCAGCAAUUGUGUUUGUUUGUUUAGGAAUGAUGUUACUUUUGUUUGACCUUAAACAAAAAUUAAAAUGCCACAGUGAGAUUAAAUUAAA